UGGUGGAAAAGAAAUACGAGAAGGAACUGACCGUCUGUGUGGAGCUACAGGGCAGCGACAAGGUCUCCACGUCUGAACUGAUGAGAACGGUGAGACUUCUGUGCGGUGGGCUGAUGGCAUGCAGAGCGACGGGGGAAGGAAAAUAUGAGAUGACCAUGAACCAUCCGGAAGUGAAGAAACGACUGCUGGAGGGUCUGAAAAUCGGGGAUGUCAACGUCUUUGCAAAGGAGCUGAGCAACAACGAGCUGGUGGUGUCUUUUCUAAAUCUGCCAGCCUACGUCACGGAUGAGGACAUCUUGGAGAAACUCAAAGGCUGGGGAGUCUCGGCCACCUCUCCCAUAAAGCGUAGGAUGUGGCCAGGGACUACGAUUGCUGACGGGACUCGCUUCAUGAGAGUAAAAUUCAACAAACAGGUACAAUCACUGCCAUAUUCGGCUAAGUUUGAGACUGUCUCAGGAACAGAGUUUUUUCGGGUAAUACAUGACAGACAGGUUAAGGUGUGUAGACUUUGCAUUCA